AUGUCUACUGAAGCCUCCGUAUCAUACGCUGCUUUGAUCUUAGCAGAUGCUGAACAAGAAAUCACUUCUGAAAAAUUAUUAGCCAUCACCAAGGCUGCUGGUGCCAAUGUUGACCAAGUUUGGGCUGAUGUUUUCGCUAAAGCCGUUGAAGGUAAAGACUUGAAGGAAUUAUUAUUCUCUUUUGCUGCUGCUGCUCCAGCUUCUGGUGCUGCUGCCGGAUCUACUGCCGGUGCUGCUGCUGGUGGUGAAGCUGCUGCUGAAGAAGCUGCUGAAGAAGAAGCUGCCGAAGAAUCUGAUGACGACAUGGGUUUCGGUUUAUUCGAUUAA